AUGACAUCUUCAAUACGUUUGUAUGAGCGUUUGGACCUAAUUCCACAGGAUCCCAAGGAUCCAGAGAGUCUAGAUGACCUCAUAGUUUGCGCAUUUGGGGCUUUCGAAAGGUACUAUGUCUGCUGGAGAAAUAAAGCUGGCGAAUACAGACAAGGUAGAUCAACCCUCAUGUACACGAAAUGUCGCAUGAUUAACCAGUUCGUAGAUGGCUAUGACCUCCCCCCUGCUCUACAAGAAUGGCUUUGGCCACAAGACAAUACAACGCGUGACUUCGCUUCAUUACAAGUAGUGUUCGGUCGCGGAGAUGAAUAUUUUGCUUCUGAUAAGAAUGGGAAACUGGAAUAUAAAGAGCCCGAGAAGAAAUCGCCAGAAACUACCGAAGAUAAACCAGGAUUGCGCAGAACAAGAACAAUGUCUCUAUUCAGAGCGGCCCCAGACACUACCACGAAGCCAUCCGCUGCCACUGUAGAUGAUGCAUCGCCUGACAGAAGGUCGUCAGCCACUUCGCAAUCUGAGUCUCGGCCGCCGAGCAUGUCGUUUUCCACUAGGUCCAUGUCAGACUCAUCCUUUAUCUCGCAUCCAAGCUCGCGAUCACCCAGCAUAUCAUCCAUGGCGUCCACUGUAGAAACCCUGGCCACAAUACCCUCCCGCCCAACAUCGGAUGCAGACUUGAAACCUCUCGAACCGAAAUCAUUCGUAUCAGCAGAAGAUCCGCUCGCGGCAACAACUGCACUGCGGCUUAAACGGAGGUCCCGUCCUUUGAGCAUGUCCUUCAAACCGUCCACAACCCCUCGGAUAGCAGAGGGAAGAACACUUUCUUCGGAAACUGCCGCGACAUCACUGACGCCAGAAACGUUUCUCCAGGCAAACUUACCUGUAACAUCUGCUCACUGCACAUGCGGAUGCCACGCCAACCCUCAGCCGGUAGUGUCUCGACCAACACCGCCGUCAUAUGCCAACGCCUCUGUGCAAACUUCGCCAAUUCCCUCUCCGAUGCACACCGUUGCUUCCACUAUUCAACCAUACAGCAACUACGCUUCUGCUACACAAGAUACCGAUGAAAUAGAAGAGAACUAUUAUGAUGCGCCGGUCGCGAAUCCGUUUCCUAUGGGUAGCAUGAUGGCAUUCUUCAGCAAGCCAGGAUAUCAGCUUGGCGAUAGCUUACGAAGGAGUUAUGAAGAUGAGUACGACGAUUCACAGUACGAGUACGACGAUGGUUAUGAGAGAACCUAUGUGCGGAGCUACGAUAAUGACUGGGCUGCUUGGGAGGCUGCCAAUGGAAGAUUCUGA